AUGUCGUCUUCCAAGUCGUGGUACUCGCUCAAGUCAAAGGCCAUCCCAUCCCGUUACGGCCUCUCCAAGAACAUCCAGACCCUGCUGCAGAGCCUCGAAGACUACCAGAACGGGUCGCUCGAUGCCACCGAGCUGGGGCGGCUGGUGCGCCUGAGCCCCCAGCGCCGCUCCGCCAUCGCCAAUACAAUCACAAAGUGCGCAAACAUCAUCAAGAAGCAGCCCUCCGAGAUCAAGACGUGCGUCGACAUCAUCGAAAUGUGCACCGAGAUUCUCGAGAUUGCCGAUAAACGCCCGCCCAUCCAAGCCUUCCCCUUUAUGAAAUUGCCCGUCGAGAUUCGCGACAAGAUCCUUGACCUCAUGAUCAAAGCCGUCUUCCGCAUAGACUUGCUCGUCCCCGCCACAAACGCCAGCGCCUGCAGGUGCCCGUCGAUUGACCGCGGCUCCGCCUACCAGACGGCCCAGAUGAAGGCGCUGCCUACUCUGCUCGGCACCUCUCUCAACCACGAGUUUUGCCGCAGCUUUUUCCGCAAAAAGACGUUUCGCUUCAGAUGUGCCUGCGAGCUUCUCGUUCACCUGUCGAGGGGCGGCACCUUUAAAGACAACGUCCGCCACGUCAACGUUCACUGGUGUGGCCUCGACUCGGCGACCGCAUUCAAGAUGCUGGCACAGUGCCCAUACCUCGAGAGUCUGACCGUUAGCAUCUCCAAGUCGACAUAUACCCAUAUGAACGGGCAGGGCGAGCUCAUGCGAAGCUUCUUCCAUCUUUCCUUUCGAAAUACUCGUCUCAUGGACGUCCUUGGCUUCGAGGAGCUUUUGGCCAUCCGUGGCCUCAAGAGUGUCCGCGCUUCGCAUGCCCAACCCAAGAGCAACACCUCUUUUGCCGCCGAGCUGGAGCGCGCCGGCCUUUCCAGCCUGCUCUCGAGCAAGCUGACGCUGCCCCCCGCGGAACACGACGACUCUGAUUAA